AAGAAAGGAGGCAGAAAAACUUUUGGCUUAGCCUAAAAUGCUUACAUUUAGCUUGACCGUUGUUAGACAUGGGGAGACACAAUACAACAAGGAGAAGUUGCUACAAGGUCAGUGGGUGGACACUUCCCUGUCGGAGCCAGGGCUCCAGCAGGCAGAGGCUGCAGGAAUGUACCUCAGAGAGCUCAGGUUCUCCAACGUGUUUGUCAGUAACCUGCAGCGCGCCAGACAGACUGCAGAAAUCAUUAUGAGGAACAAUGUUCACUCCUCGGGCGUUGAAAUGGUCUUUGACCCGUUACUCAGAGAGAGGGGUUUUGGGAUCGCAGAAGGACGGCCCAAGGAGGAUCUGAAGAACAUGGCUAACAGAGCCGGCCAGUCGUGUCGAGACUAUACUCCUCCUGGAGGGGAGACCUUGGAACAGGUAAGGCUGCGAUGCAAGAAGUUUCUAAAGUCCCUUUACCAGCACAUGGUUGACGACCACGGCUGCUCAGGACAGAGUUCUGCUGCUGUAGGGAGAGAGGCCAGGACCGGUGCAGCUGGCACAGAUGGGCCCCUACCUGGUCUGCCUGGCGACGGGAUGGAGGGUGUCCCUCUCCAUGCCCUGGUGGUGAGCCACGGGGCCUACAUCCGCGUGGCUGUGAGACAUUUUGUGGAGGACCUGCAGUGCUCUCUGCCCCAGGGCCUGAAGAUGUCCAAGGUGUUGUCAGCCUGCCCCAACACAGGCAUCAGCCGCUUUGUCCUCACCGUGUCUCCCACUGAGUCUGGCCUGGCGCUCUCUGCUGUCCGCUGUGUUUUCACCAACAGGAAGGACCACCUGACCUCCCGUAACAUAUGUUACAUCACACAUUAAAGAUGGACAAGGCAACACAAAAGGUUUAGUCACUACUCUGUUCUGUUUAAAUGUUAUUUACUGUAGCUAACAAACCACUGAAAGUAAAGAAUAUCUGGCACAGUGACUUGUCUACUAUUGAUGAUAUCAGUUGGGGGGAGAUUUUAGUAGGGUCAUUGAAGAACCCUAAUCAUCAAUUGAUUCAUUUUUUCUUUUAUACACGGUAAAUAAAUUAAGCAAUUUUGCACAGUUUAUAU